CGACGAGGAGGACGCGCGUCGCGUCUCGUCGUCCGCGCGGACGGGUUCAGCAUCGGGAAGCUCGCGAGCGUGCUCGCGAAGAAAACGCAGGCGGACUUCGACCGCGUGUUCAAAGGGACGUCCAAGACGCGCGAGAAGCUGUCGUACAUGGACGAGAUGCUCUCGCUGUGGAGGCUCGAGGACGUGGAGGAGACGCUGGACGAGCUCGAGGAGGUGCUCAUAUCCGUCGACUUUGGGCCGACGACGGCGAUGGACGUGAUCGAGGUGGUCCGCGAGCGCGUGGAAAAAGGCGAGAUAAGCACCGGACCGCAAGUGAAACAAGCGCUGAAGACCGCGAUCGUGGACAUCCUGCAGCGCCCGAACGGCGGCGAGCCCGGGUGCGCGCCGCUCGCGCUGAGCGAGGAGGCGCCGACGGUCAUCAUGGUCGUCGGCGUCAACGGCGCGGGGAAGACGACGACGCUCGGGAAACUCUCCAACCGGUUCGCGCUCGAGUCCGGCGCGAAGGUGAUGCUCGUGCCGGGCGACACGUUCAGAGCCGCCGCCGCGGAGCAGCUCGCGACGUGGGCGGAGCGAAGCGACGGCGUCAUGGCGACGUACAAGGAGGGGAUGAAGCCCGGGGCGGUGUGCUACCAAGCCGUGCAGGAAGCGAUCAAGAUGGGAGACGUGGACAUCGUCCUCGCGGACACGUCCGGGCGCUUGCACACGAACUGCGACCUCAUGGACGAGCUCGCGGGGGUGAGGAGGAGCAUCACGAAGAGCCUCGCGUCCGCGCCGCACGAGACGUUGCUCGUGUUGGACGGCACAUCGGGACUGAACAUGCUGAACCAGGCGAGGGCGUUUAGCGAGGCUGUUGACGUCACGGGGCUCAUCUUGACCAAGCUCGACGGCACCGCGAGAGGCGGCGCGGUCGUGUCCGUCGUGAACGAGAUGAACAUUCCGGUGAAGUUCGUCGGCGUCGGGGAGAAGAUGGAGGAUCUGCAGACGUUCGAGCCGGAGAGCUUCGUGGACGCCAUCUUCCCG